AUGGCCGUCGGCAACGGGGGCCAGGCAGGAGUUAUAGGUUAUAGCGAUAUGAUGGCCGAGUUGAACAGCGGACUGGGCUUCGCUGUCGCUGGUGGCAAUGCAGGCCACUUAGCCUCAGAUAACAAUGCUGGUGUUGGACCUAGCCUCGGUGCGCCUGGCGUCUAUCAGCCAUUCUUAAACGAUGAAGAUCAGUUACAAGCUUGGCUCCAUAACGCCAUAAGUCUUCUCACGCCCGCUGCGAAGGCUUUGAUCAAAGAGUUCUACGGGCAUGAAGUAGAAUAUUCGUACUAUCGUGGCUGCUCCGCCGGCGGCGCGCAGGGAUUUUCGCUCGCUGAAUAUUAUCCUGACCUAUUCGAUGGGAUCAUAUCUGGGUGUCCGGCGAAUUGGCUCACCCAUCUGGUCUUUUUCUCCCGCUUCCUCGCUCACAAGACGCAGACCAAUGCAACAUAUCUUCCUGGGCCCGUCCUCGACUUCAUCCAAGCCAGUGUUAUCCAAGAAUGCGACAUCAUCGACGGCGUAGCAGACAACUUGAUUGAAAAUCCGCUCGCUUGCUCCUUCAACAUUUCUUCCUUAGCCUGCAUAGCAGGCACUUCCGCAGAUAAUGCCACAUGUCUCACGCCUUCCCAACUUUCAGCCGCCAAAGCCAUUUACCGAGGACCCGUGCGCUCAGACUCUCCCGGCAUGAGCCUCUUCCCUGGACUUUCACUCGGCUCUGAGGCCGGCUGGUUGCUACCCCAGGUCCAAGCCGCCCUCUCGAAUGCGUUCAGCAUCCCUAUCCUGCAACAGAUAGUGUACCGGAACCUGUCUUAUGACCCAGCAACAUUCAACUGGGCAUCCGAUGUGGAUUUUCUCGAGGCACGCGCCGGCCCGCUACUUGACGCAAUCAAUACCAAUCUCUCCUCUUUCCGCAAUAGUGGUGGUAAAAUGAUCGUAUAUGCCGGUUGGUCAGAUCCAAACAUCGCUCCGAUGUGGUCAAUCCAACAUGUUGAAGCCAUCACGCAAACCACCAUCGGGGCUGGGUCUACGAUAGCGGAAAACGAUUUCUUAAAGCUUGUUAUGGUGCCUGGGGGCGGGCACUGUGGUGCGAAUAUUGCGAAGUAUCCAUAUGUGCCUGCUCAAUAUGGUGUUUCUUCUGCGUUGGUAGAAUGGGUGGAAAAGGGACAGGAGCCAGUGCAAGGCAUCAAGAGUUGGGGUCCCAUCAAUGGAGAGGAUAGGACGAGGAGGCUUUGUACGUGGCCACAGGUUGCAAGACUGAAAGUUAACGGAGAUGUUGACGACUGGAAGAGCUAUACUUGUGGAUAA